UGGCGGUCGCUACUGUGAGAAAGAGGGAAACCGAGGAGCCGGCUCGGCUCGGGGUAGCGACAUUUCUUAGGAAGCGCCAGCCCGCGAGUCUGCGGGACUGCGGGCAUUCUCCAUGUUGCGGAGGGAGAGAAAAAAUGGAUCCUUAUUUCAGGGCGGCCCCACAGGCACCCGGGAGUCGAAGAAGCGGGUGUCACGGGAAAACAGCGAAGGAGGUAGGAGCCACAGUAGCAACUACUACUGCCUCUACUCUUUACUGCGGGCGUCGAGAGUUGGGCUCUUAGCAGAGGUUGGGGGGGCAGAAGGCGGAGCAGGGGUGGAGCUUGAGCGCCGCGCCCCGUCACGUGAGGGGGCCAUCAUGGCGGCGGCCAGAGGCCUACCCGGCUCCCGGAAGCAGGCUGAGAGGCGGGCAAGCUGCUGGAACCCGAACCGGAGCCGGAGGUAGAGCGAGCAGGGCGUCCGGGCGGCCUGGAGCCGGACGUGUCCGGGGCGUCCCCGCAGACCGGGGCAGCAGGUCGUCCGGGGGCCCGCCAUGCUGGUGACUGCCUACCUUGCCUUUGUGGUCCUCCUGGCCUCCUGCCUAGGAUUGGAGUUGUCAAGAUGCCAGGCUAAGUCCCCUGGAAGGGCCUGCAGCAACCCCUCCUUCCUUCGGUUUCAACUGGACUUCUAUCAGGUCUACUUCCUGGCCCUGGCAGCUGACUGGCUCCAGGCCCCCUACCUCUAUAAACUGUAUCAGCAUUACCACUUCCUGGAGGGUCAGAUUGCCAUCCUCUAUGUCUGUGGCCUUGCCUCCACAGUCCUUUUUGGACUGGUGGCCUCCUCCCUUGUGGAUUGGCUGGGUCGCAAGAAGUCUUGUGUCCUCUUCUCCCUCACUUACUCUCUAUGCUGCUUAACCAAACUCUCUUGGGACUACUUUGUGCUGCUGAUGGGCCGAGCACUUGGUGGGCUGUCCACCGCCCUGCUCUUCUCUGCCUUUGAGGCUUGGUACAUCCAUGAACACGUGGAGCGCCAUGACUUCCCUGCUGAGUGGAUCCCAGCUACCUUUGCCCGAGCUGCCUUCUGGAACCAUGUGCUGGCUGUAGUGGCAGGCGUGGCAGCCGAGGCUGUGGCCUGCUGGAUGGGGCUGGGGCCUGUAGCGCCCUUCGUGGCUGCCAUCCCUCUUUUGGCUCUGGCUGGGGCCUUGGCCCUUCAUAACUGGGGAGAGAACUAUGAUCGGCAGCGUGCCUUUUCAAGGACUUGUGCCGGAGGCCUCCGCUGUCUCCUGUCAGACCGCCGCGUGCUACUGCUAGGCACCAUACAAGCCCUGUUUGAGAGUGUCAUCUUCAUCUUUGUCUUCCUCUGGACACCUGUGCUGGACCCACAUGGGGCCCCGCUGGGCAUCGUCUUCUCCAGUUUCAUGGCAGCCAGCCUGCUUGGCUCUUCCCUGUACCGCAUCGCUACCUCCAAGAGGUACCACCUUCAGCCCAUGCACCUACUCUCCCUUGCUGUCCUCAUCGUCGUCUUCUCCCUUUUCAUGUUGACUUUCUCCACCAGCCCAGGCCAGGAGAAUCCAGUGGAGUCCUUCAUAGCCUUCCUACUUAUCGAAUUGGCCUGCGGGCUAUACUUUCCCAGCAUGAGCUUCCUGCGGAGAAAGGUGAUCCCUGAGACAGAGCAAGCUGGCGUACUCAACUGGUUCCGGGUGCCCUUGCACUUACUGGCCUGCCUGGGGCUCCUAGUCCUCCAUGACAGCGAUCACAAAACGGGCACUCGGAACAUGUUCAGCAUCUGCUCUGCCGUCAUGGUGAUGGCCCUGCUAGCGGUGGUGGGGCUCUUCACCGUGGUAAGGCACAAUGCUGAGCUGCGAGUGCCCUCGCCCACCGGAGAGCCCUAUGCCCCUGAGCUCUAACCCUGCUCCGGGAUGAGGAGGCUGGGAAGGACUCUUGAAUCCCACCUCCCUAGAAUUGUACAGAUCUCUCUGUGACUGCCUUCGCAGCUGUCUGGGCCCUCAGCCUGUCCCGGGGCCCCUCCCGCCAGUGCUUUGAGCUGGAGAGCACGUGGGGGUGAUGGCCUAGAAAGAAGAUGCCAGAAGUUGCCUCUGUGUUACUCCCUUUCCAUUUAAAAAUAAACACUUUUAAUUGAUCA